ACCUUCCAAACUUCCAGAUUAAAAAGACUUGUUUUUUUAGUUUUUUAGUUAUUAAAAAAAAAAACAGAACCUUGGAGGUUAAUUCUCAGGCAAAUCUUCCUCCUUUAAGCAUCUUUGGUCUCCAAAUUCCUUCUCUCUGUCCCUCUUAUGUUAUUUUUUUUGGUUGAUCGAAGAAAAAUAUUAUUACUUGUUAUAGUAUAAGAAGGAAGGUUAAGUUCCCAUUUUUCCUCUGGGUUAUCUAUGGCUUCUGCUUCUUUUCUCUUUGCAGCCACUGGCUUGGGUUCCGUGGCUCGGGUGAAGUCUCCUAGGCUCUUUGUGAAGUCUUCUUUAGACACCGAUGUUUCUGACAUGAGUGUAAAUGCUCCAAAGGGGUUGUUUCCACCUGAACCUGUACAUUAUAGGGGACCAAAGCUGAAGGUGGCUAUUAUCGGAGCUGGUCUUGCAGGCAUGUCAACAGCAGUUGAGCUAUUGGAUCAAGGCCAUGAGGUUGAUAUAUAUGAGUCCAGGUCUUUCAUUGGUGGCAAAGUAGGUUCUUUUGUUGAUAGAAGAGGAAAUCACAUUGAGAUGGGGCUGCAUGUUUUUUUUGGUUGCUACAACAAUCUAUUCCGCUUGAUGAAAAAGGUUGGUGCAGAUAAAAAUCUACUUGUGAAGGAUCAUACUCACACAUUUGUAAAUAAAGGGGGUGAAAUUGGUGAGCUUGAUUUUAGAUUUCCAGUUGGAGCUCCUAUACAUGGAAUUCGUGCUUUUUUAGCUACAAAUCAACUGAAGACUUAUGAUAAAGCAAGAAAUGCUUUAGCACUCGCCCUGAGUCCAGUUGUGAAGGCUCUUGUUGAUCCAGAUGGAGCAAUGAGUGAUAUAAGAGAUUUGGAUAGUAUAAGCUUCUCCGAUUGGUUUUUGUCUAAAGGUGGUACACGCAUGAGUAUCCAGAGAAUGUGGGAUCCGGUUGCUUAUGCUCUGGGUUUUAUUGACUGUGAUAACAUCAGUGCUCGAUGUAUGCUCACUAUUUUCUCACUGUUUGCCACUAAGACAGAGGCUUCCCUUCUGCGUAUGCUGAAGGGUUCUCCGGAUGUCUACUUGAGUGGUCCAAUCAGAAAUUAUAUAACAGAAAGAGGAGGCAGGUUCCAUCUGAGGUGGGGAUGCAGAGAGAUACUUUAUGAUAAAUCCGCUGAUGGAGAGACAUAUGUCACUGGACUUGCCAUGUCUAAAGCUACUAACAAGAGACUUGUAACAGCUGAUGCUUACGUUGCUGCAUGUGAUGUCCCUGGAAUAAAAAGAUUACUUCCAUCCCAGUGGAGAGAAUUGGAAUUAUUUAAUAAAAUUUAUGAGCUAGUAGGAGUGCCAGUUGUUACCGUGCAACUUAGAUACAAUGGCUGGGUCACAGAGUUACAGGAUCUGGAACGGUCAAGGCAACUGAGGCAAGCUUUAGGCCUUGAUAAUCUUCUGUAUACUCCGGAUGCGGAUUUCUCCUGCUUUGCUGACCUAGCUCUCACUUCUCCAGAAGAUUACUACAUUGAGGAUCAAGGUUCAUUGCUCCAAUGUGUGUUGACACCAGGUGACCCUUACAUGCCAUUGCCAAAUGAUGAAAUCAUAAAGAGAGUAGCAAAGCAGGUUUUGGCUUUAUUCCCAUCAUCCCAAGGUUUAGAAGUUAUUUGGUCAUCUGUUGUCAAAAUUGGGCAAUCUCUAUAUCGUGAAGGACCUGGUAAAGAUCCAUUCAGACCUGAUCAGAAAACACCCAUAAAGAACUUCUUUCUUGCUGGAUCUUAUACAAAGCAGGAUUAUAUAGAUAGCAUGGAAGGAGCAACUCUGUCUGGCAGGCAAGCAUCAGCCUACAUAUGUGAUGCCGGGGAAGAGUUAGUGGCCCUGCGAAAGAAGCUUGCUGCAGUUGAAUCUCAGCAAAUGGAAACUUCAAGCGUUCCUGAUGAGUUAAGCCUGUAUAAUAGUUCAUUUGUAUAGUAACACCCGAACCACCUCAAAUGGCUGAGACUAGGUGGUGGCUAUGGCUGGAAUAUGCCUAUUCACCAUAUUCGACAUUUAUGUAAUCAAAGGAAGUUAUAAGGAAAAAAAAAAAAAAGAAACA